UCGGUCUUUCUCAAGUGACUACGAUGAUAUCCCAAACAAACUUUGACAUACCAUCCAGCAAAUGCAGUUGUUAAUGAAUUCGCCCAAAAUCAGUUAUUUAUUUAUAAAUUCGCGCAUUAAAGUGGCGUAAAAUCAAACGCGUGGGUUUAUAUUUGCUUUCUUGUCUUUGUAAAGCAACACGGCGGUCUCGUUUCAUUAUCAUUAAUCCGUUUCCCAAACACCUGAAGAAAUUGGCCAAUAAACGAUAUUCAGCAAUAUCGGCGAAAUAUCGGUCAGCGUCUUUAGCGUCAUCGAGUGAUUAUCGCAUUGUUAACACGAAAUAUAGACGAAUACAUACGUACAAGUGCAGCAAUAUCUACUGUGAUUAAAUAUGCUAUGCUCUAAGAGUCAUCCAAGUGUGUUAGUUAUGUUCCGUUUGUUGUGAUUAUUGUUGUGCAGUUUUCAGUUUUUUGUUAUUAUUGUGUUUCGGUUACAAAAGCAUGUUCGCGAAUUCGCAAAUCAUUUGAUGCGGUUGCAGAAAUUUUUGUGAAUUUGUAUUUCUAUUUGUUACCUAUAAUAGUAUAUGCUUUUAUUUAUGCGCAGUGCUUUUUUGUAACUAAAAAUUUCCAACAAAAACAUGCUUGUUAGUGUGUGGUUCAAAUAGUAAUAAUAAAUAAAUAAAAUUUGUGAACUAAAUCGACAGAAAACAGAACUUUCUCGAAAGUUGUAACACCCAUAUUCUCUUCAACUCUCUACUUACUCCUGCAAAAACACAUACACAACUCUGAAAUAAUAACGUCUAGUAAACCAAACAUAAACAGCCAAAAAAAUGCAGUCACUACGGUGCAGUUUGGGUAUUUUCCUCGUCUUUAUCAUUUGCCAGUCGUGUCUGGCGGUGCCUGCCUUGCGCGUCAAACGUCAACGAGAUGAUCUGCUCUCACUGGAGGCGGAGAGCGCGGAUGCAAUCAAUAGCGAUUUGAAUCCUAUCAAUGCUGAGGCAGUUUCAGGCGAUGAUCUUGAGCGCAACAAAAGAAAAUUACCCGAUGCGACUCUCGAAGCCAAGAAUGCAGUGCUGGGAUUUGUCUUUGGUAAAAUCGACAACUUCCUCGACACCAAAACGCGUGUCAUCGAGCAGCUGGAUCGCGCCAACAUCGAGAAGAACAAGCAGUGGGACAUUAAGCAACCCGUGCCCAUUAAGGACUUCCAAACGCUCGUUACCGCCGUAGUUUCACCCAAAAUACGCUCACUUGGCAAUAUUGCCAACGAUUUGACCACUGGCGUGCUGACUACAAUCACCGCUUUCAGCGGUUCUUCAGCGGGCAAUGGCAAUGCCAAUGCUGGUUUGGGUAAUAUCGUGUCGAAGUUCCUCGGCUUCUCUGGUCCUAUUCUGCAAGGCUCUGCAGCUGGACCUGCUGGAGGCGGUACCACAGCCGCGCCGGAUUCGGACGAGGCUGGCUAUUAAGGCUGCUGCAAGUGGCUGCUGUGAUGUUAACUAAAAUACGUAUAUAUAUUUAGCAACAUAUGCCAAUAUGUACUUAUAUAUAUAUGUCAAUACAUUUACAAAUUCUUCUCUGGCUAUACACUUCAAUACAGAAUUAUUGUUACGCGCUGCUUACGAAAUAUCGAUCCACACACACAUUUGAGAAUGCACUUUCAUUGAGAGACACACACACACAUACAAUUAAACACAUGUACAAAGGCGAAGCACGCACACAUACUCAUACAUACUUGCAUACUGCGCAUGUAAUACGUUAAAUUUCAACUUUAUUCUAUUUAACGCAGAAUGCUACAAAGCAAACCAUAUAAACUUCGAAAGUAAUGUCUUCCUAUUAUCCUUGAAUAUACUUAUGUAAAUAAUGUAUAGUUCUUGUUAUACUCUCUUUAAACUCUUCUGCGUAUAUUGGUAGUUUUAUUAUGUAGGCAACCAUACUCGUUUUGAUAUUUUAAAAUUUCCAACAAUUCGAAAAAAUAUUUUUUAUAAAGUUUUUGCGUUUUUUUUUUGUAUUUUUAGUUUAAUUUAAGUAUUUUUUACGUUCCCAUUACACACGAUUGUAAACCAUAUCAUUAAUAACUGUAAAUAAUUGUACAGGAUUUAAAUAAAUCAUUCGAUAUAUAUUUGGUUUCUGAAGCGCGUGUUUUUGUUGUUAUUAUUUUUUUUUAAUGUUUUAGUUAUGAAAGCCACCACUUUCCAUGGCAAAUUUACUAAAUAGUAAAGACCUAUCGACAGAAGUUUCAACAUCCAUGCUUGUAGAUUAAGUCUGCCUUUAAUUGAAAGUUGUAUAUCGCCACGAAACACGCAAAGUCAAUAUUUUCACAGGUUUAUGUGGGAAGGACGAACGAACGAUCGAAAACAUACGAACGAAGGACAAAAUAACAAAUCCAAAAACUUGAAUAUUUGAAUUUUUCAUAUAAUUCUUGAAAUUUUGUGUCAAAGGUGGAUAUACAAAAGUUGUAAAUGCUUUCCUUUCUUUUUAUAUAACAAAUUGUGAAUAUUUAGCUAUAGAACUCGUAGUUUUGCCGGAAAUCCUCAUAUACCAUUUUAGCUCUUAAA